CAAACAUUCUACGCUUGAGACAAACACUCAAAACUAACUUGCACUUGUUUCAUUAAGAAAUACCUGACAGCAUAGGUUCGGAAGUGAAUUAGCGAAAGCUUAUUUGCCAACUAACGCUAAUUAAUACUUUUAUGGAGCAGAGGGUUCGCUGUGAAACGGACUACUACAUUUGCCAUUGUGACCUGCAGCCUGCUGAGCCGCCUUAACAAUGGGGAACUGGAGUUCGCCUGAAAAUGGUGGCAAGUGCACUUCACAGGGUAGAUCUGACACAGACACCUCUGACCUGCGCCUUCUCCUGGUGGGACCUAAACGCACAGGCAAGAGCUCCAGUGGCAACACCAUACUUGGACGUAAAGCCUUCGACACCAGAGGGGGCGGGCCAAGCACUGCGGCCAGUGGCACCGCGGCCGGUCGUAACGCCACCGUGAUUGACGCCCAGGGCUGGGGCUUCUCAGAAGACUCCGUCCCCAAGGAGGAGAAGAUAGAGCUGCUAAGAGCCCUGUUGUUGUGUGGCCCUGGUCCCCACAUUGUCCUCCUGGUGAUUCCCCUACUGGACUUCACUGAGGUGGAGAGGCAAGCAGUGGAGAGGCGCAUGGAGGUCAUGACCUCUAGUGUGUGGAGGCACACCAUGGUGCUCUUCACUUUCGGCGACCAACUGAAGAAGGGGAGUGGGCGAAGCCUGGAGCAGCAUAUCCAAUCUGGGGGCCUGGCACUGCAGUGGCUGAUGAAAAAGUGCAGGUACAGGUGCCACGUGUUGGAUAACAAGAAGGAGGGAGAGUGGGAGGGAAAGGAGGAAAGGGGUCAGGUGGGCGCAUUGGUGAGCAGGGUGAAGGACAUGUUGCAGGAGAAUGGGGGAUGGCACUUCUCCCUUCACAUGUAUCACAGGCUGGAGGAAGAGUGGAGCCAGAGAGAGCAGGAGCUGAGGGAGAAGAUGGAGGGAGAGAGGGAGAUGAAGAUUGAGCAGGAGAGGGUGAGAGAGACUGUGAAAGAGAGGCAGGGCCAGAAGGAGUGGGAGAAUGACUCAGAGAGAGAGAGGGAUGAGCGGUUAGUGGUUAAAAUGGUGACACCAUAUGAGCCUGGGAGAGGACAGAGACAGGCCUUCUGCACCAUUAGACGCCACCUAGCCUAAUUAGACUUCUCCAUAUAUUGACCUUGCUCUAGCAGCAAUUAGCCACGACUGUUGAAUAAGGACUGUUGAACUCAUUCCAAGUAUCAGGAAGGCUAUGUGGAAAUGACUUAUAUACACUGGGGGUGUCCCCCCCAAAAAAUUGGGAAUUUGAUGCUCCCUGACUAUCCAGCUUUCAUUUUGGUGAUUCUUAGCAACCUGGAAAGAGUGAAGGGACUGUUUAAAUUUAGAGCCAAUAUAAUUUCUACACAGUUUCGAUUUGGUUUUAGUCAUUUCAGAGGUUGUUCUUCCCUCGAAAAAUAAAAAUAAUAAUUUUUGUUUUGUUUUACACGGGCCGCAUUGGGCUCCAGAUCAGGCCUGCAGGCCUUGAGUUUGACAUGUGAUAUAUACCAAACAUGUGCUGUCUGUUUUGCCAUGUACAGUAUUUACAUUAAUAUUUUAGUCAUUUAGGGCCGAGAGACCAGAGGUGGCAGAACGGAGGGCUCGGGUUGGGGUCUGGUCGGGAUUAACCAAUGUCCACCAACUUGCCGGGAUGUUUUUCUAUUUGUGUAACUAUAAUUUUAUGUACUAUUUAUAUGAAAUGACAAAUGAAAAAUAAUCGAAAUACACUACUGAUAUAGUUUAUUACAUGAUGUCUAGCUUGCUUAGUUCAUUUCAUGGGCUUACAAACCAAUUACUCAUGUAUUCAUAAUAUGUGUUUUUGAUAUGUAUCCAACCUAAUAGACCUAUUGUUAUCAAUUAUACAUUCAUAAUGCAUAAUAAAUGAACACAUUUUUCCAUUUGAA